AUGGCGGUUGUCGAAGAAAUCCAGGCGUAUCACUAUAGUUCAACGCGUAUAAUCUUCUAUCCCCUAGUUCUGGUCGUCACCUCGUUGUGGCUUCUUUACCGAUGGCAACAACAAACGAGGUUUUAUAAACUCGGCAAUAAAUUGCCAGGUCCAUCCACUGUGCCAUUAUUCGGCAAUGCAUUAAUGGUUUUGGGAAAAAACCCAGAUGAAUUAAUAAAUUUGGGACUGGAAUACACUAAGAAAUACGGUACGGUGAUUCGGGGUUGGAUAGGAUCCAAACUCGUGGUUUUCCUGUGUGAUGCUGAUGAUGCAGAGGUCAUCCUCAAUAGUCAAGUCCACAUUGAGAAGGCCUCAGAAUACAGAUUCUUUAAGCCUUGGCUUGGCGAGGGGCUUCUAAUAAGUUCAGGUGAAAAAUGGAGGUCACAUCGCAAAAUGAUUGCGCCUACAUUCCACAUUAAUAUUUUGAAAUCUUUCAUUGGCGUAUUUAACCAAAACAGUAGAAAUGUAGUGGAGAAAAUGAGAGGAGAAAUGGGCAAAGAAUUUGAUGUACACGACUACAUGAGCGGGGUCACUGUUGAUAUUUUACUUGAAACUGCGAUGGGCAUUACUAAAGAAACUCAGGAUGAAUCUGGUUUUGACUACGCUAUGGCUGUAAUGAAAAUGUGUGAUAUUAUUCAUCAGAGACAUUAUAAAUUCUGGAUGCGUUUCGACGCCAUUUUUAAAUUGACCUCAUUUUUUGAAAAACAAAAACACCUUUUGAGUAUUAUUCACGGUCUCACAAACAAGGUGAUAAAAAGCAAAAAAGAAAAAUACAUAGAAAACAAAUCCAAAGGAAUAAUUCCACCGACUAUUGGUGAGCUUACACGUUCCUCAGCCAGUAAUGAUACUGGGCUAGCAAACGUUCAAACAUUAGCUGAUACCGUUUUCAAAGGAUAUCGUGAUGAUUUAGACUACAACGAUGAAAAUGACGUUGGUGAGAAAAAACGGUUAGCAUUCUUAGAUCUAAUGAUCGAAUCAGCUCAAAAUGGAACGAAUAAGAUAACUGAUUAUGAAAUCAAAGAAGAAGUCGAUACAAUUAUGUUUGAGGGCCACGAUACCACCGCCGCCGGUUCCAGCUUCGUGUUAUGCCUUCUCGGCGUUCAUCAAAAAAUUCAAGAAAGAGUAUACGAUGAAUUGUACGAGAUUUUCGGCGAUUCCGACCGACAAGUUACAUUCGAAGACACGUUGAAAAUGAAAUAUCUUGAAAGAGUAAUCUUUGAAUCGCUUCGAAUGUACCCUCCUGUACCCAUUAUUGCGAGAAAAUUGAAGCAAGAUGUUAAAAUAGCAACAAACAAUUACGUCCUUCCCGCUGGUGCAACAGUGGUCAUAGGUACUUACAAAAUUCACCGCAACCCUAAAUACUACAAAAACCCGGAGGUAUUUGAUCCAGAUAACUUCCUGCCAGAGAACACACAAAACAGACAUUAUUACAGUUAUAUUCCGUUCAGCGCUGGACCAAGGAGUUGUGUUGGUCGCAAAUACGCUAUACUUAAACUAAAAGUUCUGCUGUCCACCAUCUUGAGAAACUACAAAAUGGUGUCAAAUGUAACUGAGGACCAGUACAGACUCCAGGCGGACAUUAUACUGAAACGAACUGACGGGUUUCGCGUGCAGAUUGAACCUAGGAAAAGGGUGCCGACUUCAGUAGCAUAA